CAAAGGCGAAGCAAACCAUCCCCGUCGCCGUCGCCGUCGCCGUUGCCGCGGCCGAAGGUUGACUCGCUACCCACCGCCGGCCACCACCAAUGGCUGGUCCGUACGCCCCCUACCACCCCACUACCAAACCCGCCGCCUCCACCACCUCGUCGUACCUCAUGAUCAGAAACUCCAGCCUCUCCACGUGGGUCCUCAUCCUCGUCCUCUGCUUCAUGUCCUACCUCCUCGGCGUCUGGCAACACGGCGGCCCAAUUUCCCCCGCCACCUUCUCCACCACCUCCACCACUACCGCCGCCAUCCCCUGCCCCUUGUCCACCGGAAAGAGAUCGUCCUCGUCCUCGUCCUCGUCCUCCGCCUCCGCCUCAGCAGUCGCCCUCGACUUCGAAUCCCACCACCGCCAGGACGACAUCGGGGACGCCGAGCUAGACGACCGCCCCAAGACUUACCCGGCCUGCGCGGCCAACUUCAGCGAGUACACGCCCUGCGAGGACGUGCAGAGGUCGCUCCGGUUCGACCGGAAUAGGCUGAUAUACCGGGAGCGGCACUGCCCGGACAAGAGCGAGAAGGUGAAGUGCCGGGUGCCGGCCCCCUACGGGUACAGAGUACCGUUCCGGUGGCCGGCCAGCAGGGACCUGGCGUGGUACGCCAACGUGCCCCACAAGGAGCUCACGGUGGAGAAGGCGGUCCAAAACUGGAUCCAGUACCAGGGCGACCGCUUCCGCUUCCCCGGGGGCGGCACCAUGUUCCCCCACGGCGCGGAUGCCUACACCGACGACAUCGGCCAGCUGAUCAACCUCAAGGACGGGUCCAUCCGGACAGCCAUCGACACCGGUUGCGGGGUGGCCAGCUGGGGAGCUUAUCUUCUGUCUCGAAACAUACUGACAAUGUCCUUUGCGCCGAGGGACACGCACGAAGCUCAAGUUCAAUUCGCCCUCGAGCGAGGAGUGCCGGCCCUGAUCGGCGUUCUCGCGUCCAAGAGGCUUCCAUAUCCGUCCAGGGCAUUCGACAUGGCCCAUUGCUCUCGGUGCCUCAUCCCUUGGGCUGAAUCCGGUGGAACGUACUUGAUGGAGGUGGACAGAGUUCUGAGGCCGGGCGGGUAUUGGAUUCUGUCGGGUCCGCCGAUUCGAUGGAGGAAGUACUGGAGGGGCUGGAAUAGGACCCAAAAUGACUUGAGAUCCGAGCAGAACUCGAUCGAGAGGGUGGCCAAGAGCCUGUGCUGGACCAAGCUCGUCGAGAAGGGCGACAUUGCCGUCUGGCGAAAACCCACCAACCACUUGCAAUGCAAAGUGAACCAGUUCUGCCCGACCCAAGAUCCGGACACGGCCUGGUACACCAACAUGGACACUUGCUUGACCCGGCUACCGGAAGUCUCUGGCGACGAGGAGGUCGCAGGCGGCCAGGUGGCAAAGUGGCCGGAGAGGCUCAAUGCGGUCCCGCCCAGGAUCAGCAAGGGAACAGUGCGGGGCAUCACAGUGGAGACCUUCCGAGCGGACGCAGAGCUCUGGAAGCGGAGGGCCUCGUACUACAAGACGGUGAACAACCAACUGGGGCAGGCCGGGAGGUACCGGAACCUGCUUGAUGCGAAUGCCCACUUGGGCGGCUUCGCGGCGGCGCUCGCGGAGGAUCCUGUCUGGGUCAUGAACGUGGUCCCCGUGGAAGCACAGGUCAACACGCUCGGAGUCAUAUACGAAAGAGGGCUCAUCGGGACUUAUCAGAGCUGGUGUGAAGCCAUGUCUACUUAUCCUAGGACUUACGAUCUCAUCCAUGCCGACUCGUUGUUCACCCUCUACAAGGACAAGUGCGAGGCAGAGGACAUAUUGCUGGAGAUGGACAGGAUCCUGAGGCCGGAAGGGAGCGUGAUCAUCCGGGACGACGUGGACGUGCUGGUGAAGUUGAAGAGGAUGAUCGACGGGAUGAACUAUGACAGUCAAAUCGUCGACCACGAGGACGGCCCCCUCGAACGGCAGAAGCUCCUCUUCGCCGUCAAGUCCUACUGGACCACCCCGUCAACUUCCGGUCACCGUCGAUCCUCCACUUCUUCAUAGGAACCAAAUUAAUUCACUUUUCAGUGUUUUCUUCUUCUUCUUCUUCUUUUCUUUUGCUUUUUCAUGUUUUGAGCAAUUCUUUCAUGAUGAAAAAAAGUUCCAGAUAGAUCCAGUGCCAACAAAACCCUAACUCUUUGAAGGGUCGCUCUUCUUCUUUGGUUCGUCCUCUCUUUUUUUCUAGGGUUUCAAGUGAUUUGUUUGUUACCGGUAGACGCGUAAUUUGGUGUAUGUAAUCCUGG